GUGAGAUAAUCUCAAAAAAAGAAGAAGAAAAGUUCACACAAUGGAUUCCACACAUACAUGCACCUAGUGAUUUCCCCCCAUAAAUCCCCCGCAUAUUUAAUGUGAAAAUUAACAGAAGAGUUCGAGAAUAGUUACAAUAGUCCUUCUUCUGUCUUCAAACCAACACAACGAUGUUUUACCCCAAAGACAUGACUUCCCCAUCCUCAAUUUUCUCGGCUUAUGCCUCCAUGAGUGCCUCUAUUAUGCUUCUGCGUUCCAUGUUCAACGAGUUCGUACCUCAACCAAUUCGUGGCCACCUUUCCAAUGCCUUCCGCUACCUCAUCAAGCCUCGCUCCUCUACUCUCACCCUCAUCAUCGAAGAGUCCAGUGGCAUAGCUUGUAACCAAGUCUAUGAUGCUGCAGAGGCUUACCUCUCCACCAAAGUGAGCCCUGAAAAUGAAAAGCUCAAAAUCAGCAAGAGUCCAAAGGAGAAGAAUUUGACUAUUCGGUUAGAGAAAGGUGAAAAGCUAACUGAUUCCUAUGAUGGGGUUUCCCUCAAAUGGAGAUUUAACUGCAAAGAACCAGAGAAUAACAACUCCUCCAACGAUCAUCAUAGUAUCCCUGUGAGGUCGGAAAAGCGAUAUUUUGAGCUGAGCUUUCACAAGAAGCACAAGGAAAUGGUCUUGGAAUCUUACCUACCCUUCAUUCUUGAGAAAGUAAAGGAGAUGAAAGAUGAAGAAAGGGUGUUGAAGAUGCAUACUUUGACCUCCUAUUAUGGUGGGGUCAGAUGGGACUCCAUAAACCUCGAGCACCCAUCGAAGUUUAAGACACUGGCUAUGGAGUCAGAGCUGAAGAAUGCGAUCAUGGAGGACCUAAAUAGGUUUGUGAAUAGAAGGGACUUUUACAAGAAAGUUGGGAGGGCAUGGAAACGUGGGUACUUAUUGUAUGGCCCUCCGGGUACUGGCAAAUCCAGCUUGAUCGCUGCCAUGGCUAAUCACUUGAGAUUUGAUAUAUUUGACUUGCAACUUGGCAACAUAGUAAGGGAUUCGGACCUGAGAAAGAUUCUUCUGGCUACAGCAAAUAGGUCCAUUUUAGUCAUUGAAGACAUUGAUUGCAGUGUGGAUCUUCCAGAGCGUAGGCAUGGAGAUGGACGUAAACAAGCUGAUGUACAGUUGACUUUGUCUGGAUUACUGAACUUCAUAGAUGGGUUAUGGUCUAGUUGUGGAGACGAGAGAAUCAUCGUAUUCACCACAAAUCACAAGGAAAGACUAGACCCAGCUCUGUUGAGGCCAGGAAGGAUGGACAUGCACAUUCACAUGUCAUAUUGCACCUACGAUGGGUUCAAGCUUUUGGCCUCAAAUUACUUGGAAAUUUCCUCUGACCACCACCUGUUUGGGGAAAUUGAGGGGCUAAUAGAGGACACACAGAUAACCCCUGCGCAAGUGGCAGAGGAAUUGAUGAAGAGCGAAGAUGCUGAGGAGGCACUUGAAGGAUUCGUGAAUCUACUUAAGCGGAAGAAGAUGGAAGGUGAUGUAUGUGAGAGCAAUAAUCCAGAUAAAGCAGAAACUCAUAAGAUAUCCAAAAGGCGUAAGGCUGCAGGUUGCAAGCGAAAACAAGCUGUUGGGAUCAACAAGAAAAAUAGUGCUGUUACCCUAAGAACGACAAGAAGAAGAGGAUGUAGUUUGUAAUCAGCUGGUCACUGAUGGAAUGAUCAAAUAAGAUUGUAGGAUCUACUUUUUGUCUCCAAAAAUAAAAAUUGCUGAUGUUGGCUUCGGGCUUUUGUUAGUUUUAAUCUAUUGCUGUGAGCCUACAUUUUCUAUCCAAACUGUGCUUGAACUCUCUUUGAUGUACAUGAGGAGAAGAAAUGAAUGAGACGCAGAGUGUGAUUGCCAGUUUCACUAAGU